UGGGCCCCCUUAGCUCAUAACAAGGUUACAGAUAUAUAGAAACAUUGGGGUAACAGUCACCCUGCUAUAGUUGUGGGGGUAACAGUUCCGGUAGUGCCUAGUGAUUAAUGACUAGCACAAGACAGACAAACAUGUGACAGAUCAGAGGAUGAGGGAGGGUAAAUAUUGGGGUAUUGAUAUGGACUGGGUGUUUGUGUUGCACCCGUGGCUGCUCAGCGCUGCACCAAACCUACAGUGUGUAAAUAAUAUGGGUGGGGGGGAUAUAUAUAACAGGUGGGGACGGGACUGUAUUUAUUAUAUAGGCACCCAUGCUCAGGGGCACCUUAAGAUAAGAACACAAUAUUUAAAACCCACCCAGCCCAGUGGCAGAUACUCGAGAUGAAUUUAUUGGCCGAGAUAAAAGUGAGGGGGACAAUUGCCAUACCCAGUUGGCACAUGAGCACAGACUGUAGGGGCACUGGGCAGCUUUAGAGGCACCGGACCUUAAAGUAAAAGACAGGGUGGGGUGUAGUUCACAAGUAAAUAAAUCUUCAAUGUAAGCUGUAUUGCUGAUAGGUGGCAUCUCAGUGCCCUUUCCUUGUGCCAGUCUCUCUUUUAUACAAUAGAUUUCCUCUCUCUCUGCCAGUUCUGUUCCCUCCUCUCCUCUCCCCCCUUCCCCUCCUGGCAGCUCAGUGUUUUGGUCCGAUGCACAGGUGAGCCCUGCUGUGAUUGGUUACCUGUAGAGGGGUGGGCGGGCUUACAGUCGGUAUAACUGUACAACACACGCUGCACCUUGACCCAAACCAAGUGGGACUGACAAAAGGGGAUCUGCUCAACCUACAGCCAAGGUCGGAGCUGUGAUGUUUAAGAACCACAAGGGUCUCAUUGUAGGAUGUCUCAUAGUCACCUCGUUGGUAUCUGGGAUCAUCGCUCUCAUCCUCAGCCUCGUAAAUUCCCAAUCUAUCACCCAGCCGUCACCAGACAAGUAUGGCAUGGUGUUCGACGCUGGUUCCUCUCAUACCACCCUGUACCUGUACCAGUGGCCGGCUAAUAAGGAGAACGACACAGGGAUUGUCAAACAAGUCUAUACCUGUGAUGUACCAGGGCCUGGCAUUUCCUCCUACGCAGAGAACCCGUCACAAGCCGGGGAAAGCCUGAAACCUUGUUUGGACCAAGUUCUGAGAGUCAUCCCAACAGUGCAGCAAAGGGAGACCACUGUCCUGCUCGGAGCAACUGCCGGGAUGAGGCUUCUCAGAAUGCAGAAUGCCACCAAAACCCAACUUAUUUUUGAUGAAAUCUCUAAAACUCUUGGUGGGUACCCAAUGAAUUUCCAGGGGGCUCGUAUACUGACUGGCAACGAGGAAGGUUCCUUGGGAUGGAUCACAGUCAACUAUCUGCUGGGUACCUUCAUAGGGUAUACGUUCCUGGGCAGCUGGGUUCAUCCAACAAGUGGACAGACGUUUGGAGCCAUGGACCUUGGUGGGGCUUCUACACAGAUGACAUUCCAGCCUGUAGGGUUCAUUCAAGACAAGGACACGGAAAUGUUUUUCAGGCUGUAUGGCUAUAACUACACAAUCUACACCCACAGCUAUCUCUGCUAUGGUCAGGAUCAAGUCUUUAAGAGGCUGCUUGCCAAUCUUCUACAGGGCUGGAAUUCUGGAAAAGUGCAAAACCCCUGCUAUGCCAAGAGCUACACUGCCAACAUUUCCCUGGCAUCUGUGUUCAACAGCCCCUGUGUGCCCAGUGGGCCGGCCGACUUGGCUGACAAUGUCAUUGUGGAAGGGUCGGGGGACCCCACUGAGUGUCACCGAGCCAUCGCCAAUGUCUUUAAUUUCUCUGCCUGCACCAACAAUGCCAACUGUUCUUUCGAUGGAGUCUUCCAGCCGCCGGUGCAAGGGCAGUUCUAUGCUUUCUCUGCCUUUUAUUACACGUUCAACUUCCUCAACUUGACCUGCGGACAAUCGCUGGCCGAGGCCAAUCGCACCGUCUGGAAUUUCUGCACCAGCAACUGGCCCACGCUUAUCGAGUCCUUCCCUUCGGAGAACCGGAAGCGCCUGUUGGAGUACUGCAGCUCUGGGAUGUACAUACUCACUCUCCUAUUGGACGGUUACAAAUUUGAUAGCCAGACCUGGAACAAGAUACACUUCUCUAAGCAGGCCGGCAGCAUGGACAUUGGAUGGACCCUUGGGUACAUGCUAAACCUGACCAAUAUGAUCCCGUCCGAAGCUCCCACGCAAUUGAAGGCGCACAGCUACAGUCUUUGGGUUGGGGCCAUAUUCUUCAUAGUACUGAGCAUUGCGGUGGGGCUGUUGGCUGUUUCCUUGCACUGCUUCUGUAGGAACUUAUCUCCAGGGCAGAGCAGAUGGAGCUGAUAGAAUAGGGAUUAGACGGAGGGCGGACGGGCGGACUAUCAAUACCCACCCUUAAAGUUGGCCAACGGACAUUCGCAAUGUAUACAUGUAUAUAUUCAAUAUUGGCAAAGCCUCAGCCAUGGACAUUCAACUGCCUCACUGGACCUUGGUUUUAGCAUUUGUCAUAGGAGGAGACCAUGGAACGGUGCUUGGGCAAUGGAUAAGGCUCAGGACCAUGAGUAUUCAUAUCAUCUAAACAGCCAAGGACUUCUGGUUCCUAUCUAUGUACUGUACAAGUGACUCUGUGAUUACUGUAUUUAUACAUCACUGCCCACUAUUGUCUCUAUCACUUCCAUACAUCAUUCCAAAGCAUUUGUAAUAAACAGCCGGACCUUUUUCAUUCUCA